UUACCAAACCAAUCACCCGUAACCUACUAUGAGUUCUCCUAAAAGACGUAUGGAAAAGGAUGUGAUGGACCUCAUGAUGAGUGACCAUGACGUCCAACUUAUCGACGACAACAUCCAACAAAUGUACGUGCUUUUCGAGGGGCCCGAAGACACCCCUUACAAGGGAGGCACCUGGCGAGUAAGGGUUGAAUUGCCUGAUCAAUACCCGAUUAAGUCGCCUUCCAUUGGAUUCAUCAACAAAAUCUUCCAUCCCAAUAUUGAUGAAAGCUCUGGCUCCGUGUGCCUUGAUGUGAUCAACCAGACGUGGUCUCCAAUGUUUGGACUUUUAAAUGUGUUUGAGAACUUCUUACCUCACUUGCUCCGGUACGCCAACCCUAGUGAUCCAUUGAACACAGACGCCUCGAACUUGAUGUCCAGAGACGAACAGUUGUACACGCAGAAGGUGCGCGAGUACGUGGCCAAGUUUGCCCAGAACAUCACUAAUGACCACUCAGAUUGGCAGGAUGAUAAUGAUAAGGAUGUUGAUGAAGACGAGCUUAGUGACGUGGGCAGCUUGUCGAGCGAUGAUUACGACGCGGUGGCGGGCGACAUCGACCUUUAAUGAGUCAUAGCAUAACUAUAGUCGGGGUGUGUUGAUUGCACCACCGGGGCAUGUUAGAGUGUAUAGGUAUAUGAAUAUACAACCAUUUAAGAA